GUCGCCACCACCACCGCCACCACCGCCGCCGCCGCCGCUGCCGCCACGGGGCUUAUUACCGAGCCCCCCUUCCGCAGUGGAGCGCGACACAAGCGACCGACAUCGGUUAUGGAGCUAUGGAGGCCGCGGAGCGAAAUACCGAUUCGCCCUGCAUCUCCGCCGUCCUCUCGUGCCUCGCGCUUUCGGUCGUGUACGUGGCGAGCCUCUAUGUCUGGAGUUCACCGCACAACAGGGAACAUCCGUCGACGAUAAAGAAGCGAUUUUUUAGUGUGUUUAUCAUGACUCUCAUUUCACCAGUUCCUUUGUACUUUGGAAUGAACGAGAAUGUAUUCAGAAAGACAACCAUAUGGGAAUUGCUGGGUCUACGAUGGUCCGGCUUGAUACAGGCUACUGUGAUACCAUUGCUUCUAACGAUGAUCCUGUUCCUAGGCCCUCUGAGUCUGCAGGGAUUCAAUGGCUUGUGGCGAUUGUACACUGGUCAGCAUCCAAAAUUGCAUUUCAGAAUCCGAUACGCUCCUCUUGAAAGUGCACGAUGA